AGCGUCCAUAACGCCAAGAUGGGUAAACAAACCGGUAAAGCAACAUCAACUCAAAAAGUUGUUAAACAUGAAGAGAAAGCACUACAGGAAAACAUUCAGCUUGUUACCACGCGUAGACUUAUACGUGAAACUGUACACGGCUAUGUUUUCUGGUGUCUCUUCCAAGGACUUGCCCCCAUGAUCUGGUUCUAUCCGCUCAAUGAUUUGGAAAUAUCUGGCUAUGAGGUGUAUGCUGGACUUUGGUUUCUACAGGUAUUUACAGGUAUUGGAUUAGUUAAACGUGUGACAGAGCAGUGGGCAGUUUUUGCAUUGUUGCGAGGUUUGUGCGUCCUGUCACUGGCCUCAUUCCAGGCCCCCACCACCCUGUACCGCCUGAUUACCCUGGCUGCAGGCAACGGUGUUGCCACCAUCACCCUCACAGCUGCACUGUGGAACUCUGAUAGAACAGUUCGGGCGGGCACAUGUUGGGGCAUGUUGCUAGGAUUCCUGGCAUUUGUGAGCUCCAGAAUAUGGUUUGUAACCUUCGUACCCACCUGGUGGUGCAACACUAGCAACUCUGCCGUCAUCGCUGUUGGUAUCAUUGCUGUUAUUGAUCAAUUUCUGGAAGGUUCCCCAAGUGUGGCCAAUGCAGCCAGUGCAGGACCGAUGCAGAGAGGUCCCUGGGUCACCACAGGGCUUGGUUUUGGUUCCCUGCUGUAUCUGAUGAACUGGGUGUUUGGAGAGGUGUCCCUCAUUACCCGGUGGACUGUCCAGCCAUACCCUAAUAACGGACCUGAACCGUAUCCAUGGGGCGUGUGCACCCUGCUAGCCAUGAGUUUUGGAGCAUACAUGUCGGCCUGCCGCCACGUGGCCACCAGCAAGGUGUGGUGGGUCCUCGGACUGAUGUCUUUCCUCGCUCUAUACUAUCUACCUGCGUGGUCAGGCUUUGCUGGGGGUCUACUCCUAGGCGUGUAUGCCUUCUCCGUGUGGCCAGAGAUGGCUGACAGAGUGUCCCGAUGUCCGCCGGCCCGCACUCUCUUCCUGGCCAUACUCGUGUUUAUGAUUCAGAACUUCUUCCUCGUGUGGACGGUUGCAUUCAACUUUGUGCCCCUCGGCGAGUACACGCGAGAGCACACUGACGUUCUAAUCGCUAUGAACAUGAUCGGUAUUUUCCUGGGACUCUUCGUAGGAGGGAGCACCACUGAUGACAGUCACACUGCCUAUGUCAUGGUCAACAAGAAGAAACUUCCCAGCGGCAGUAGCUUUAACAAAAUUCUGGCUGUGAUACUCUGUUUUGGGCUUUUGGGGUUUGGAAAACGCCAUAUGGACCUUAGCGGCAAGUUUGAGCCCCCUAUCAAGUCAGGUCCCAGGCAGAUCACAUCGGCUAUCUGGACGUACCAUUUUGGGUAUGACAACAAAGGCUGGCCUAGCCUGGAGCGUACUGCAGCCCUCCUCAAUGACUCUGGCGCUGACGUGAUAACCAUGCUGGAGAGUGAUGCCUCCAAACCGUUCCUAGGCAACAAUGACCUUGGCACUUGGCUGGGUGAAAAGUUGGGAUUCUACGUAGAUUUUGGACCUUCUACACGGGACCAUACUUGGGGGAACCUGAUACUGUCCAGGUAUCCAUUUGUGAAGUCUGCUCAUCACCUGCUGCCUUCCCCACAUGGUGAGUUGGCCCCGGCAGUGUCUGCCACUGUCAAUGUGUCCGGCAGUCUCGUGGACUUUGUGGUGACCCACAUGGGCAACGACCGGGACAAACUGGACAGGAAACUGCAGGCCGAGUACCUGGCCAAGCUGCUCAGAGAGAGUGAGAACCCAGUGGUGUUCAUGGGCUAUGUGACCUCCAAGCCUGGCAGCAAUGAGUACCAGGAGCUCAUACAGCGAGGCAACAUGAAGGAUAUUGAUGACACGGACAAGAAGCGCUUCUGCGAGUACAUCAUGUACAGGGGGCUUAUCAGGCAGGGGUAUGCUCGGAUCACGCAUGGUGGCCUGAGUGACACAGAGGUCCAGAUGGCGCGCUUUGAGAUUCCAACUUCAGCCGAGUACCGUGACAACACUGUCGUAACCACAGACAUCGAAAACAAUGUCUUUCCAGCCAAUGUGCUCUUUAAUGAAAAGUUUGGCAAGCUCCACCACGGCCAUGGGUAUUUUAACACACAUCGCUUCCACAUGAGCACACCAAAGUAUUUCUUACCAUGAACUUGAACAACCACAUACAACACAUAAUACUCAAGAUUUUCAUGCUGUACAGAGUAUUUUACAUGAAUUUCAGCAACAUCAUUCUGCAAGACUUUCAUUUUGUAAAGAGUAUUUUACAUGAAUUUGAACAACAUUAUUCUGCAAGACUUACAUAUUGUAAAGAGUAUUUUACAUGAAUUUCAGCAACAUUAUUCUGCAAGACUUACAUAUUGUAAAGAAUAUUUUACAUGAAUUUCAGCAACAUUAUUCUGCAAGACUUACAUAUUGUAAAGAGUAUUUUACAUGAAUUUGAACAACAUUAUUCUGCAAGACUUACAUAUUGUAAAGAAUAUUUUACAUGAAUUUCAGCAACAUUAUUCUGCAAGACUUACAUAUUGUAAAGAGUAUUUUACAUGAAUUUCAGCAACAUUAUUCUGCAAGACUUACAUAUUGUAAAGAAUAUUUUACAUGAAUUUGAACAACAUUAUUCUGAAAGACUUUCAUAUUGUAAAGAGUUUUAAUACAUUAAUUUCAGCAACUUUAUUCUGCAAGACUUACAUAUUGUAAAGAGUUUUUGCUACCAUGAAUUUUAACAAUAAUUAUUAUUCCAAGUAUUAUUAUUAGGUUCUAGAUUUGUAUUUGUUUUAUAUGUUUGUUUCUCAUUUUGUUGUGAGUUUUUGCAUAUUUUCCCUGAUGUUGAGCGAAUGAGCAAAUGAACAAGUGUGUGUUGGUUGACUCGAGAUACUGUUUUUAAGACCUUUAAUACAUUUUUUUAUCUUUAGAUGUUAACACUGUUAUUGCUAUUUUGACUUCUUAUUUUUGUUUCUGAAAUUUUGUUUGUGGCUUUCAACUAAGACUUAUUUUCAUGCGUACACCUUCACUUUAUGUUUAAUGAUGCCUGACUGAUCAUCUGACUGUUGAUAACUAUCUAUACAAAUAAAUGUUCUUACUUUU